AUGUCAGAAGUUGUUGAAGAUAGUAGUAAUAUCGCUGCCAAACCUUUCAGAGCUGUAGAAACUGAAGAAGAAAGAGCGGAGAGAUUAGCUAAGCAGGAGGAGAUAGAUCAGAGAUCAGUUUACGUAGGCAAUGUUGAUUACCAAUCCACACCAGAACAAUUAGAGUCGUUCUUCAAUUCGUCAGGGACAAUUGAAAGGAUAACUAUUUUAUUUGACAAGUUCAGCGGAUUACCAAAGGGCUAUGCUUACGUUGAAUUCGAUACUAAGGAAAGUGUAAAUACUGCGAUUGAAGAAUUGCAUGGUAAGGAAUUCAGAGGCAGAGAAUUGAGGGUCACACCCAAGAGAACAAAUUUACCUGGAUUCAAGCCGAGAGGAGGUUUUAGAGGCGGAAGAGCAGGAUUCAGAGGUGGCUUCAGAGGCGGAAGAGGCUUCAGAGGUGGAUUCAGAGGUGGUAGAGGUAAUGGAUACCGCGGUAGGGGAGGAUUCAAUGGCGGAGCUGAAACCAGUGAAAAUGGCCAGCAACCACCAGUACCUCCAGCAACAGCACCAGCACCAGCACCAGUACCAUCAACAUCAGAAAUCUCUACUGAAUAA